CGGGAUUCAAACAAUGAUUUUAGAUUGAUUGUAGCCAAUUUUGUUCCUCUAGUCUAGUGCUUUGAAUACAUUGUUGAAAUUCAUGUGUCAAGUGAAAAAAUUCUAGUGCAAAUGAUAUGUUCAGUGAAUGUUCAAGUUUUUUGAAAUAAUAUUGUGUGCAUUUUUUGGAAGUAUUACAAAUAUGGAUAAAUUUACCUUUAUUUUGUGUGUGAUUGUUUCGAUUUCCUAUGUAAAUUCACAAGAUACGAAGGCUAAAUUUGAAGCAACCGAUGAUGAUACUUAUAAUGUACUACAAAGAGAUGGUUCCUAUGAAUUUGGAUAUGCAAAUCGUGAUCGUGGAGCAAGUUAUCAUUUUGCAGAUGCAAAUGCUCGUAAUGUAGUACGUGGUAAAUUUGGAUCUCGUAACCCAGGUACCGGACGAAUCGAUGAAACCAUAUAUACAGCUGGUCCAAGAGGUUACCGACCACGUGGGCCAAACGUACAUAGAAAAUAUGAUCUAAAUCAAAAUGGACCUCGGCCUAUCGGUAACCGAGAUGAUCCAUUCUUUGAUCCAAGUGAAGAUCCUAGUUAUAGUUUUGGAUUCAGAACUAGAACUUAUAAUCGGGAUGAAAAUGCAAAUCGAAAUGGGGACGUUACUGGCCGAUAUUCAUAUUUGGAUGACAUUGGUGAGCGACAUAAUGUUGAGUAUGUUGCUGGAAAAAAUACAGGAUUUCAUGUCAAAACAGCGUAUCCAGAUUCCAAUCCUCGAUCCUAUGGCGCUUUAUAUUAUAGCGGACCAGGGAAAAAGCCACGUGGACAUACUUCAAUACAAAAAAAUCUGGAUGGUUCUUAUCGAUUCGUAUCAGCAGGACCUGAUCAAAGACGAACUGAAACCAGUGAUAGUAUUGGCAAUGUUCGAGGCAGUUACACUUACAUUGACGAUAAAGGAAAGCAACAUUCAGUUCAUUACAUAGCUGGGCCAAAUAUAGGAUAUAGAGUAUUAAAAAAUCCAAAGAAUUAUCCAACCUUAUUUCCAUUUUCUCAAAGACCUAUUCCAACACUUGAUCCUUUCGAUGCAGGCCUCCUUCCAACUAGUAUACCUGAUGAUUUUAUUUUUGAUGAAGAAAAUUUAAAUACAGCUGCUAGUGGGCAUGUAAAACCUCGUCCAAACUAUGGGUCUGGAAAUAAACGACCAACUCCUCCAGGCGGUGGUUUUCUAGGCGCCGCAAAUAAACCUGGUCAAAGCAAACCUUUUGAUGAAGACGGUGAUUUAGAUGACGAUGAUUUAUUUGGUGCUCCACCAAGUAAAGGUGGAAGCAGCGGAGGUAGUGCAAGUGGUGGAAGUGGUGGAAAUACUGGAAGUAGUGGAAGCGGUGGGAGCAGUAAUAUAGGUGGCGGAGGUAGUGGGAGUGUUGGAAGUAGUGAAAAUAGCGGUAGCAGUGGAAGCCCAAGUGAAGGCCCAAGUGGAGGUGAUGGUUUAUUUGAUGGAGACAACAAUGAUUUCGACGACAGUGAUAAUGUAUUUGGGGAUAAACGACCUGGAAGUACUGCUGGUUAUCCUACUGGAAAUAAGCCGCCAGGUGGUGGUUAUCCGUCCGUUAAGCCUAGCCCUGCAUUUCCUUCCGACGAUGAUAAUUUUGAUGAUGGAUUCCCUUCAGGUCCAUCGGGAGGAAGUAGACCCGGAGGUGUAAGUCCAACUAGACCUACUGGUGGAUUUCCAACAAGGCCUGGCGGUGGAUCCGGAGCUAACAGACCACCAGGAGGUUCUUCGUCAGAAGUUGAUAGAUAUCCUAGUGGUGGUGGUAAUAAAGGACCAAAUUAUGGACUUGGUGAUGAUAACGACGAUGGAACAGAUACUGGUUUGAAUCUAUUUCCCGCAGAUGAUGAUAGUAACUGGUCAGGCAAAGAACGUGGAACAAUUUUAAGAAAUUUAGGCGCUAAAAAUGUAAAUCUGCCACCAGGUGUCGCCGUUCGGGCACAUGUACAAUCAAUUGACAUUUUACCUUAUGGUUCAAGAUUGCCAUCACCCAGUGACCAAUUAGAUAACGAUAGUACCAAAAAAACCAGUUGA